AUGGCAUUUGGACUAGGCACCCCUUCUUCGUCGUCGGGCGCAGGAGCCGUCAAUCACGAAAAACUAGAAGCUGCAGUUGUAGAAUUAGACAUGGUCACCGACGUUUUCAACCGCAUGGUCGCGACAUGUGCAUCAAAGUGCCUGAAUCAACGAUAUUCAGAGGGUGAAUUGACAAAGGGCGAGGCCGUCUGCGUCGACCGUUGUGUUGGCAAGUUUAUCGAAGCCAACAAGGUCAUUGGCGAAAAGCUGCGUGAGAGUAGCGGAAUGAACCCUGGAGGCAUGUAG